AUGACGACGCGUAAAGAAGAGAAGCGACGGGAACACAAAAAGAGCAACAACAAAAACGUGACUCUGUGGGAACGGAAAAAUAACGCGUUGCGUUUCAUCGAAGACGAGGACAGGACGACCAAAACGUUGUCCGAUUGGGGGAGAUCCUCCUCGGUGUCCUCCGUUGGAGGGACGAGCGUGCAGAACACGAACAACGAGAACGAAGACGCGUUGGAAGUGCUCGCGAAUUCCGUGAACGUUAUUUUUAGCGACACGAAUAGUAAGAGUAAGAGCACUACAAAUGAGAACGCGUCGUACGUGACGAAGACGGAGUUUGAUUUCGCGAUGCAAGCCGCGCAGAACGCGCUCAAGGCGAAAACGAGAGCCAACCACAUGUUGACGUUACAAGCGAAAGCGGCGAUGCAAAACGCGGUGACCGCUUUAAAGAUAACCGAGAAAGAGUGUCAAACGUUACGAACGCAACUGAUGGAUUUGAGGCGAGAUCCAGAUUUAGCGACGGAGUUGAUGAUUGAAGACGCGCUCAGGCGAGACCGGGAGCAGCUCAGAGUGGCGAAAGAACGGGUGAAGAAACUGUCGAACGCGUAUAGGAUGUUACAGAGCGAGAUCGGGAAGGAGAGGUACGAAGCGGCGGCUUUUGUUAGCGGAGCGAGAAGAGGGGAAGAGGAAGAGGGAGGAUACGAAGGAGAGCGAAGACGAAGAGAAGAGGGAGGCGGGACGACGUCGAGCGACGGCAACAAGCGCAAUAAUAGGAAUACUACGCUCGUUUCAAUUUUACCCGUCGCGAUGGAAUAUCCUAUUAAACUCGACAGAGCGCACGAGACGAGGACGAUCGUUUUGGCGCAGUUGUGCAUGCAAGGCUACGCGUUGGACGAUUGCGAACGGGCCAUGGAGGAGUUGCAAUCGACGGAUUUAUACGAGUGUUUAGAUUGGUUGGAGGAAAGGGAAGCGUUACGCGCUGUGUAUAACGAAGAGACGUUGAUGCUCAAAAGAGACGAGGAGGAAGAGAAGUUUGAAGAGGAAGAAGCUGAGGAGGAGGAGGAGGAAUCUGAGGAAGAUAGAGCGGCGAGACGACGGCGACAGCUGGCAGCCUCGAGAUUAAUCGACGACGAGACGACAGAAGAUAACGACGACGACGACGACGAUGAACGGAGUUCGUUCGAAUUAGGUGAUGAGUUUGAUUACGCCAAAUACGAUUCAUCGAAUUUACGUUUGACUUCCGAAGAGUUGUACGCGGCAAGAGCAAGAGCGGUGCGCGUUUUGUGCGCGUGCGCCACGGAUCCACCGUCGCGGCAAGAGCUUGAUGAAAAAGAAGAACGACGAAUGAUGAUGAACAUAGAAGACAAUCCCUUGGAUUUAGGAAAGAAAGAAGAAGAAGAAGAAGUUUCGUUCGAAUCGACAGAUUUGGAUGAAGACGAUUCAGAUUAUGACGAAGAAGACGACGACGAUAACUCGGAAGAUUUAAGCGCGAAACGUAGAGCGAAGGAAGCCAAGAUGAACACGCGCGCGAACCAAAUGCUCAACUCACCCAUCCGAAAAGACAAACAUGAUUUGGCAAAAUCGGGUAAGAAUUUGUCGUCACUGACGUCCGAAAUUGUCAUGAAAAAGGAUCCAGAAGUUUUGCGGAAGGAAUAUUACAUUCGAAGAGAUAAGAUGGCGUUCAGUUUUCGCGCGAUUGUCGCGCUGACGAAACUCGCCGAAUCUGCAUCUUCUUCGUUUUUUAUCUUACACAACGGCGGGUUACGCGCCGCCACGGAAUGCUUGCGGAAAUACGGAGAAACUUCCUCAUCGUGUGCGAGAGCAUCGUUCGCGCUGAUUCGACAAUUCGCCAGCGGUGGCGGAGGAGGAGAGGAGAAUGGCGCCGACGAUUUUUUCUCCUCCGUAACGGCGAAACAUUUCGUACAAACCGAACGGUUUCGCAUUUUGCCCUUGCUCGUUUUGCGCGCCGUCGAGGCACGAAUGGAAGAUUUCGACGUCGUUUCAGAUGGACUGAAGUGUUUGUGGACGUUAAUUGCGCUCGGCGGCGAUCGAACGCGGAAGCAGUUGUUGAAGAGCAACAUCGCGUUCACUAUUCGAGACGCAUUGGCGGUGUCGAAGGACGACGACGAACAAUACCGCGGUCGACGGUUUAAGCGCGUCAUCGGAUGUGGGUUGGCCAUGUGUUUAGAUUGCACGGAUGCGCAGGAGUUGUUCACUAGACUGAGCAUACCAGGAUUGAUUCGAGCGAAGUUGAUUGAGUUUCCUUCGAUUAAGUUUUCUGGCGAAUUUGCAGAUUUGCGAGAGUUUCUGGCAAGCGCGAAGAAGAAGCCCACGCAGUGA